CGAAGCCGGAGCCGGAGCCGGUGCCGGUGCGGGCGGAGCCCCCGGGGCCAUUUUCCCCCGGAGCCCCCGCGCUACCGGUGCCGGUGCUCCCCGCCGGUGCCGCAUCUCCUCCGGAGCCCUCCCGGUGCCGGCGCCGUUUCCCCCCCCGGUCAUGCCCCCCCGGCGCGUCUUGGCGGAGAUCGUGGCGCUCGGAGCCGGGGUCGGCGGCGAUGGCGGAGGAGAGCUCGAGUGGCAGCAGCGGCUCGCCUGGCGCCGGGGACACGCUGCCCUGGAACCUGGGCAAGCACCAGCGCUCCCAGCGCGCCAAGGCGGCCGCGGGCAACGGGACGGUGCUGGACCCCGCCGAGAGAGCCGUCAUCCGCAUCGCAGAUGAACGAGAUCGUGUCCAGAAGAAAACCUUCACCAAAUGGGUCAACAAGCACCUUAUCAAGGCGCAGCGCCAUGUCAACGACCUGUACGAGGACCUGCGGGACGGGCACAACCUCAUCUCGCUGCUGGAGGUGCUGUCGGGUGACACCCUGCCCCGGGAGAAGGGCCGGAUGCGCUUCCACAAGCUGCAGAAUGUCCAGAUUGCCCUCAACUACCUGAAGCACCGGCAGGUGAAGCUGGUGAACAUCCGCAAUGAUGACAUCGCCGACGGCAACCCCAAACUGACGCUGGGGCUCAUCUGGACCAUCAUCCUCCACUUCCAGAUCUCAGACAUCCAGGUGACCGGGCAGUCGGAGGACAUGACAGCCAAGGAGAAGCUGCUGCUGUGGUCCCAGCGGAUGGUGGAGGAUUACCAGGGCCUGCGCUGUGACAACUUCACCACCAGCUGGCGGGACGGGCGCCUCUUCAAUGCCAUCAUCCACCGGCACAGGCCAAUGCUGAUCGACAUGAGCCGGGUGUACCGCCAGAACAACCUGGAGAACCUGGACCAGGCCUUCACCGUGGCCGAGCGGGAACUGGGGGUGACGCGGCUGCUGGACCCCGAAGAUGUGGACGUGGCGCAGCCCGACGAGAAGUCCAUCAUCACCUACGUGUCCUCGCUGUACGACGCCAUGCCGCGCGUGCCCGAGGUGCAGGACGGCGUCAAGGCCAACGAGCUGCAGCUGCGCUGGCAGGAGUACUACGAGGUGGUGACGGGGCUGCUGCAGUGGAGCCGGCAGCACUCGGCGCUCUUCGAGGAGCGGCGCCUCCCUGCCAGCUACGAGGAGAUCGAGAUCCUCUGGCGCCAGUUCCUCAAGUUCAAGGAGACGGAGCUGCCGGCUCGGGAGGCCGACAAGAACCGCUCCAAAGCCAUCUUCCAGGCGCUGGAGGGCGCGGUGCAGUCGGGCCAGCUGAAGGUGCCCCCCGGGUACCACCCCCUGGACGUGGAGAAGGAGUGGGGGCGGCUGCACGUCGCGGUGCUGGAACGGGAGAAGCUGCUGCGGGCUGAGUUCGAGAGGCUGGAGCGGCUGCAGCGCGUGGUCACCAAGCUGCAGAUGGAGUCGGGGCUCUGUGAGGAGCAGCUGAACCAGGCGGAUGCUCUGCUGCAGGCGGACGUGCGGCUGCUGGCGGCCGGGAAGGCGCCGCAGAAGGCGGCAGAGGUGGAGAGGGACCUGGACAAGGCGGAUGCCAUGAUCCGGCUGCUCUUCAACGACGUGCAGACCCUCAAGGACGGGCGGCACCCGCAGGGCGAGCAGAUGUACCGUCGCGUGUACCGCCUGCACGAGCGCCUGGUGUCCAUCCGCACCGAGUACAACCUGAGACUCAAGUCGGGGGCGCCGGUGACAGCGGUGACAUCCGUGGCGGUGACAGCGGCGCAGCAGCAGCGGCGGCCGGAGCCCGAUGACGCUCCCCUGCGCUACCUGCAGGAGCUGCUGGCCUGGGUGGAGGAGAACCAGCGGCGGGUGGCCACGGCCGAGUGGGGUGCCGACCUGCCCACCGUGGAGACGCACCUGGGUGCCCACCGCGGGCUGCACCGCGCCAUCGAGGAGUUCCGCUCCAAGGUGGAGCGGGCACGGGCGGAUGAGAGCCAGCUGUCCCCCGGCCCCAGCGGGGCCUACCGGGAGUGCCUGGGCAAGCUGGAGCUGCAGUACGCCAAGCUGCUGAACUCCUCCAAGUCACGGCUGCGGCACCUGGAGAGCCUCCACGGCUUCGUCAGCGCCGCCACCAAGGAGCUGCUGUGGCUGAGCGAGCGCGAGGAGGAGGAGGUGGCCUUCGACUGGAGCCACAACAACCCCGCCAUGGCGGCCAAGAAGGAGAGCUACUCGGCACUGAUGCGGGAGCUGGAGCUGCGGGAGCGGCGGAUCCAGGAACUGCGGACCUCAGGGGAGCGGCUGCUGCGGGAGGAGCACCCCGGGGCACAGACUCUGGAGGCAUUCUUGGCGGCGCUGCAGACCCAGUGGAGCUGGAUGCUCCAGCUCUGCUGCUGCAUCGAGACCCACCUGAAGGAGAACACCAACUACUUCCAGUUCUUUGCUGAGGUGCGGGAGGCUGAGGAGCUGCUGCGCAAGACAGAGGAGACGAUGCGGCGCAAGUUCAGCUGCGACCGCGGCACCACGGCCACGCGCCUCGAGGACCUGCUGCAGGACCUGGCGGAGCAGAAGGAGCAGCUGGCGGAGCUGGGGGUGCAGCUGGGAGCUCUGUCCCGCCGUGCCAGGACCAUCGUGCAGCUGAAGCCACGCAGCCCCUCAACACCCCUGCAGGGCCGGCCCCCCAUCCAGGCCGUCUGUGACUACAAGCAAAUGGAGGUGACCGUGCACAAGAACGACACCUGUGCCCUGGUGAACCACGCGCAGCCGCAGCAGUGGCGGGUGCAGAGCGCCAGCGGCAGCGAGGCCGUCGUGCCCUCGGUCUGCUUCCUCCUGCCACCCCCCAACAAGGAGGCUCUGGACGCCGUGCACAGGCUGGAGGCCACCCACCAGCAGCUGCUGGGGCUGUGGCAGCAGCUGCACCAGGACCUGCGCAGCCUCCGCGCCUGGCAGUACCUGAUGCGGGACAUCCAGCAGAUCCACUCCUGGACGCAGGUCACGUUCCGCACGCUGCCGGCCGAGGAGGUGCGCCAGGUGCUGUCCAGCCUGGAGAGGCACUACCAGGAGUUCCUGCGGGACAGCCAGGACUCGCAGAGCUUCCAGCCCGACGACCGGCUGCAGGUGGAGCGCGACUACAAUGCGUGCACGCACAAGUACGAGCUGCUGCUGAGGAGCCAGGAGAAAGGAGAGCAGGACGAGUCUCUGUGCAAGAGCUACAUCUCGCAGCUGAAGGACAUCCGGCUGCAGCUGGAGAGCUGCGAGAGCCGCACCGUGCACCGCCUGCGCCUGCCCCUCAAGGCCGACCCCCUGCGCGAGUGCGCCCAGCGCCAGGCGGAGCAGCAGCAAACACACCUGGAGCUGGAGGGCAUUCAGAAGAACCUGGCCAAGGUCAGCGAGAAGACGGAGCAGGUGCUGGCGCAGCCGGAGCAGGCGGGCUCGGCCCCCGUGCUGCGCUCCGAGCUGGAGGUCACCCUGCGCAAGAUGGAGCAGGUCUACAGCCUGUCCAGCAUCUACCUGGAGAAGCUGAAGACCAUCGGGCUGGUGAUCCGGAGCACGCAGGGGGCUGAGGAGCUGCUCCGCAAGUACGAGGAGCAGCUGAAGGACGUGCAGGCAGUGCCGGCCGACCUGGCUGAGCUGGAGGCCAGCAAGGCUGAGCUUAAGCGGCUGCGGGCACAGGCCGAGGGGCACCAGCCCUUCUUCAGCACGCUGGAGACCGACCUGGGCAAGGCCAAGGACGUCAACGAGCGGAUGGUGCGCGGGCACAGCGAGCGGGACGUGGACUUGGAGCGGUACCGGGAGCGGGUGCAGCAGCUGCUGGAGCGCUGGCAGGCCGUGCUGGGCCAGGCCGACCUGCGGCAGCGCGAGCUGGACCAGCUGGGCCGCCAGCUGGGCUACUACCGGCAGAGCUGCGAUGCGCUGCGCCAGUGGAUCCGCGACGCCCGGCAGCGCCAGGAGGCCAUCCAGGCCGUGCCCAUCACCGACAGCCAGGCCGUGCGUGAGCAGCUACUGCAGGAGAAGAAACUGCUGGAGGAGUGUGAGCAGCACAAGGAGAAGGUGGAGGAGUGCCAGCGCUAUGCCAAGCAGUACAUCGAUGCCAUCAAGGACUACGAGCUGCAGCUGGUGAGCUUCAAGGCACAGGUGGAGCCAGUGGCAUCGCCGGCCAAGAAGCCCAAAGUGCAGUCGGCAUCUGACAGCAUCAUCCAGGAGUACGUGGACCUGCGGACGCAGUACAGUGAGCUGACCACGCUCACCACCCAGUACAUCAAGUUCAUCACCGAGACACUGCGGCGGCUGGAGGACGAGGAGAAAGCCGCCGAGAAGCUGAAAGAGGAGGAGAGGAAGCGGCUGGCGGAGGUGGAGGCGCAGCUGGAGAAGCAGCGGCAGCUGGCCGAGGCCCACGCCAAAGCCAAGGCACAGGCGGAGGCGGAGGCGCGGGAGCUGCAGCUCCGCAUGCAGGAGGAGGUCACCCGGCGGGAGGUGGUGGCCGUGGAUGCCGAGCAGCAGAAGCAGAACAUCCAGCAGGAGCUGAUGCAGCUGCGGCAGAACUCGGACCACCAGAUCAAGUCCAAGGUGAAGCUGAUCGAGGAGGCCGAAUACAACCGCAAGAAAGUGGAGGAGGAGAUCCGCCUCAUCCGCCUGCAGCUGGAGAGCACUGAGAAGCAGCGGGAGAGCGCAGAGACAGAGCUGCAGGAGCUGCGGGCGCGUGCCGAAGAUGCCGAGCGCCAGAAGCGGCAGGCGCAGGAGGAGGCCGAGCGCCUGCGCCGGCAGGUGAAGGAGGAGAGCCAGAAGAAGCGCGAGGCGGAGGAGGAGCUGAAGCGCAAGGUGCAGGCUGAGCGCGAAGCGGCCCGGGAGAAGCAGAAGGCAGUGGCAGACCUGGAGCAGCUGCGGCUGCAGGCGGAGGAGGCUGAGCGACGCAUGCGGCAGGCAGAGGCCGAGAAGGACCGGCAGAUCCAGGUGGCCCAGGAGGUGGCCCAGCGCAGCGCUGAGGCCGAGCUGCAGAGCAAGAGGCUCUCUUUCGCUGAGAAGACAGCACAGCUGGAGCUGUCGCUGCAGCAGGAGCACGAUGUGGUGGCCCAGCUGCAGGAGGAGGCCGAGCGGCUGAAGAAGCAGCAGCUGGAGGCUGAGCGCUCGCGGGAGGAGGCUGAGAAGGAGCUGGAGCGCUGGCGGCAGAAGGCCAACGAGGCGCUGCGCCUGCGGCUGCAGGCUGAAGAGGUGGCCCACAAGAAGUCACUGGCACAGGAGGAGGCCGAGAAGCAGAAGGAGGAUGCAGAGCGCGAGGCCCGCAAGCGCGCCAAAGCAGAGGAGGUGGCCGUGCGGCAGAAGGAGCUGGCGGAGGAAGAGCUGGAGAAGCAGCGGGAGCUGGCGGAGGGCACAGCCCAGCAGAAGCUGGCGGCGGAGCAGGAGCUUAUUCGGCUGAAGGCGGAGAUGGAUAACGGGGAGCAGCAGCGCCUGCUCCUGGAGGAAGAGCUCUCGCGGUUGAAGGGCGAGGUGAACGAGGCCAUCCAGAGGAGGAAAGAGCUGGAGGAGGAGCUGGCCAAGCUGCGGGCAGAGAUGGAGGUCCUGCUGGAGAGCAAGGCCAAGACAGAGGAGGAGUCGCGCUCCAGCAGCGAGAAGUCCAAGCAGCGGCUGGAGGCGGAGGCCAACAAGCUGCGGGAGCUGGCCGAGGAGGCCGCCCGCCUGCGCGCCCUCUCUGAGGAGGCCAAGCGGCAGCGGCAGCUGGCAGAAGAAGAGGCCACCCGGCAGCGGGCCGAGGCCGAGCGCAUCCUGAAGGAGAAGCUGGCGGCCAUCAACGAGGCCUCACGGCUGAAGGCGGAGGCGGAGAUUGCGCUGAAGGAGAAGGAGGCGGAGAAUGAGCGGCUGCGGCGGCUGGCGGAGGAUGAGGCCUACCAGCGCAAGCUGCUGGAGGAGCAGGCGGCCCAACACAAGCAGGACAUCGAGGAGAAGAUUGCCCUGCUGAAGCGCUCCUCAGAGAGCGAGCUGGAGAGGCAGAAGGGGCUUGUGGAGGAUACGCUGCGGCAGCGGCGGCAGGUGGAGGAGGAGAUCCGCGCCCUCAAGGCCAGCUUUGAGAGGGCCUCAGCUGGCAAGAGCGAGCUGGAGCGGGAGCUGAACCGCAUCCGUGGGGAGGCAGAGGAGGUGCAGCGCAGCCGGGAGCAGGCGGAGCGGGAGGCCGAGCGGCAGCGGGCCCUGGCGCUGGAGGAGGAGGGCCGCCGGCGCGAGGCCGAAGAGAAGGUGCAGGCCAUCCUGGCGGCCGAGGAGGAGGCCGGGCGGCAGCGGCGGCUGGCCCUGGAGGAGGUGGAGCGGCUGCGGGCCAUGGUGGAGGAGGCGCGGCGGCAGAAGGAACUGGCGGAGAAGGAGUCAGAGCGGCAGAUACAGCUGGCACGGGAAGCAGCGCAGAAGCGGAUUGCCGCAGAGGAGAAGGCGCACCUGGCUGCCGUGCAGCAGAAGGAGCAGGAGCUGCUGCAGACACGCCAGCAGGAGCAGAGCCUCCUGGACCGGCUGCGCGAGGAGGCUGACCGGGCCCGGCAGGCGGCCGAGGAGGCCGAGUUUGCCCGUGGCAAGGCCGAGCAGGACGCCAGCUUGUCCCGGCAGCGCGUGGAGGAGGCUGAGCGGCUGAAGCAGCGGGCAGAGGAGGAGGCGCAGGCCAAGGCACAGGCGCAGGCGGACGCAGAGAAGCUGCGGAAGGAGGCUGAGCUGGAGGCAGCGAAACGGGCGCAGGCAGAGCAGGUGGCCCUGAGGCAGAAGCAGCUGGCCGAUGCCGAGAUGGAGAAGCACAAGAAGUUUGCUGAGCAGACACUGCGGCAGAAGGCGCAGGUGGAGCAGGAGCUGACCAAGGUGAAGUUGCAGCUGGAUGAGACAGACCACCAGAAGGGCAUCCUGGAUGAGGAGCUGCAGCGGCUGAAGGAGGAGGUGACAGACGCUGUCCGGCAGAAGGCCCAGGUGGAGGAGGAACUCUUCAAGGUCCGGGUGCAGAUGGAGGAGCUGGCCAAGCUGAAGAGCCGCAUCGAGGAGGAGAACAAGGCGCUGAUCCUCAAGGACAAGGACAACACGCAGAAGUUCCUGGCGGAGGAGGCAGAGAAGAUGAAGCAGGUGGCAGAGGAGGUGGCCCGGCUGAGCGUGGAGGCGCAGGAGGCCGCCCGCAUGCGGCAGCUGGCUGAGGAUGACCUGGCGCAGCAGCGGGCACUGGCAGAGAAGAUGCUGAAGGAGAAGAUGCAGGCGGUGCAGGAGGCCACGCGGCUGCGGGCCGAGGCUGAAAUGCUGCAGAAACAGAAGGAUCUGGCGCAGGAACACGCCAAGAAGCUGCAGGAGGACAAGGAGCAGAUGCAGCAGCGCCUGGCUGAGGAGACCGAGGGCUUCCAGAAGACACUGGAGGCUGAGCGCCGGCGGCAGCUGGACAUCACGGCUGAGGCCGAGCGCCUCAAGCUGCAGGUGGCAGAGAUGAGCAUGGCCCAGGCCAAGGCUGAGGAGGAAGCCAAGCGGUUCAAAAAGCAGGCAGAGGAGAUCAGUGAGAGGCUGCAUGAGACUGAGCUGGCCACACAGGAGAAGAUGACGAUGGUGCACACCCUGGAGAUCCAGAGACACCAGAGCGAUGAGGAUGCCGAAAAGCUGCGGAAAGCCAUCGCUGACCUGGAGAAGGAGAAGGAGAAGCUGAAACAGGAGGCAGCGCUGCUGCAGCAGAAGGCAGAGGAGAUGCAGGUGGCCCAGCAGGCUCAGCUCCGUCAGGAGACGCAGCUCCUGCAGCAGAGCUUCCUGACGGAGAAAGAUGCCCUGCUGCAGAAGGAGAAGUUCAUUGAGGAGGAGAAAUCAAAGCUGGAGAAGCUCUUUAAGGAUGAAGUGAACAAAGCCCAGAACCUGAAGGCAGAGCAGGAGCGCCAGCAGCGGGAGAUGGAGCAGGAGAAGCAGCAGUUGAAAGCUAUGUUGGACGAAGCCAAGAAGCAUCAGAAGGAAGCUGAGGAAAACGUCCGGCACAAGCAGGAGGAGCUGCAGCAGCUGGAGAAGCAGCGGCAGCAGCAGGAGAAACUUCUGGAAGAAGAGAACCAGAAGCUGAGGGAGAGGCUUGAGCAGAUGCAGGAGGAGUACAAGGCUGCCCUGGCCCAGAGACGGGAGAUCAUGAUCCAGACAGAUGACCUGCCUGGGGAGGCAGUUACGACAACGCAGCUGCUGGAUGUCAAGGCUGUGCCCAAUGGCCGGGAUGCAAUGGACGGCUUAGCCCAGAAUGGGGAGCCGGAGUUCGCCUUUGACGGCAUCCGGCAGAAGGUGUCAGCAGAGAAGCUGGCUGAUGCCGGCAUUCUGAGCAGGGAGAACUUGGACAAGUUGGCAAAGGGUGUUGUGAGUGUGGACGAGCUCUCUCAGAGGGAGGAUGUCAAGAAGUACCUGCAGGGCAAGAGCAGCAUUGCCGGUUUGCUGAUCAAACCCUCCAACCAGAAGAUGAGCAUCUACGAAGCCAUGAAGAAGAAGCUGCUCAGCCCAGGCACAGCGCUGGUGCUCCUGGAGGCACAGGCUGCUUCUGGCUUCAUCAUUGACCCUGUGAGGAACGCAAGGCUCUCAGUGAACGAGGCAGUGCGAGAGGGAGUGAUCGGGCCUGAGCUGCACAACAAGAUGCUGUCGGCCGAGCGGGCUGUCACUGGCUAUAAGGAUCCUUACACAGGUGACAAGAUCUCCCUGUUCCAGGCCAUGCAGAAGGAUCUCAUCGUCAGGGACCAUGGCAUCCGCCUGCUCGAGGCCCAGAUCGCCACUGGUGGCAUCAUUGAUCCUGUCAACAGCCACCGCCUGCCUGUGGAAGCCGCCUACAAGCGUGGCUACUUCGAUGAGGAGAUGAAUCAGGUCCUGUCUGACCCCACUGAUGACACCAAGGGCUUCUUCGACCCCAACACUCAGGAGAACCUGACCUACCUGCAGCUCAUGGAGCGGUGCGUGACUGACCCGGACACAGGGCUGUGCCUCCUGCCGCUCACUGACCAAGCAGCCAAGGCCAGAGAGCUGGUCUACACUGACAAGGAGGCCAAGGACGUCUUCAAGAAGGCCACAGUGACAGCUCCCUUUGGCAAGUUCCAAGGGAAGACGAUGACCAUCUGGGAGCUCAUCAACUCUGAAUACUUCACUGAGGACCAAAGGCGGGACCUGAUCCAGCAGUACAGGACUGGCAAGAUCACAGUGGAGAAGAUCAUCAAGAUUGUCAUCACGGUUGUGGAGGAAAGUGAGAAGAAGAGCCAGAUGUGCUUUGAAGGCCUGCGGGGCCCCGUGCCUGCUGCCGAGCUGCUGGAGAGCAAGAUCAUCAACAAGGACCUCUACAACCAGCUGCACCAGGGCAAGAAGUCCGUAAAGGAUGUGGCAGAGAUGGAGUCCGUACGGCAGUACCUGAAGGGCACAGAUGCCAUUGCUGGUGUCCUGGUGGAAUCUACGGGCCAGAAGCUCACCUUCUACGAGGCCCUGAAGAGAAACCUGCUGAGGCCAGAGGUUGCCCUGUCCCUGCUGGAGGCACAAGCUGCCACCGGCUACAUCAUUGACCCUGUGGGCAACAAGCUCUUCUCCGUGGACGAGGCAGUGAAGGCUGAGGUGGUGGGGCCAGAGUUCCACGAGAAGCUGCUGUCGGCGGAGAAGGCGGUGACUGGCUACAAGGAUCCCUACACGGGUCAGACGGUUUCCCUCUACCAAGCACUCCAGAAGGGCCUCAUCCCCAGCGACACUGGGCUCCGGCUGCUGGACGUCCAGCUUGCCACUGGUGGCAUCAUCGACCCCGUCAACAGCCACCGGCUCCCGCUUGAGGUUGCCUACAAGCGCGGCUACUUCGACCCAGAGAUAAACAAGGCUCUGACUGAGUUCCAAGAUGAUGCCAAGGCUUUCUACUGUCCCAACACCCAGGAACAGCUCACCUAUGCCCAGCUGCAGAAGAGCUGCCACCGCGACAAGCAGACUGGCCUGUGCCUGCUGCCCCUGUCCGACGAGGCAAUCCAGUCACAGCAGGAGGAGAUCUACACCGACAGCCAGGCCAAGGAGUGCUUUGACAAAGCUACCAUUGAGGUCCCGGUGGGCAGCAUGAAGGGCCAGACAAUGACCAUCUGGGAACUGAUCCACUCUGAAUACUUCACAGAGGAGCACAGGCGGGAGCUGCUCCGACAGUACAAGACCGGCAAAGUGACAAUCGAGAAGAUCAUCAAGAUUGUGAUCACCAUCAUCGAGGAGGCAGAGACCAAAAAGCAGGAGAAACUGACAUUCAGUGGUCUGCGGGCUCCAGUGCCAGCCAGCGAGCUGCUGGAGUCCUGCAUCAUCAGCAAAACCCAGUACGAGCAGCUGAAGGAAGGCAAGAAAUCAGUGAAGGACCUCUCGGAGACAGAUGCAGUGAGGAGAUUCCUGCAUGGCAGCGACUGCAUCGCCGGUGUCUAUGUGGAGGCCACCAAGGAGAAGCUGAACAUCUAUGAGGCCAUGAGGAGGAACCUGCUGAGACCCAGCACUGCCGUGGUCCUCCUGGAGGCCCAGGCAGCCACUGGGUUCUUGAUCGACCCUGUGAAGAACCGUAAACUGUACGUCAAUGAGGCGGUGAAGGCUGGCAUUGUCGGGCCUGAGCUGCAUGAGAAGCUGCUGUCGGCUGAGAAGGCUGUCACGGGCUACAAGGAUCCCUACUCGGGCGAUACCAUCUCCCUGUUCCAGGCCAUGAAGAAGGGGCUGAUUGUCAAGGAGCACGGCAUCCGCCUGCUGGAGGCCCAGAUCGCCACCGGCGGCAUCAUCGAUCCUGUGCACAGCCAUCGCCUGCCCGUGGAGGUGGCCUACAAGCGUGGCUACUUUGACGAGGAGAUGAACCGGACCCUCUCUGACCCCACUGAUGACACCAAGGGCUUCUUUGACCCCAACACUCAGGAGAACCUCACCUACGUGCAGCUGAAGGAGAGGUGCAUCGAGGAUCCCGAGACGGGCCUGUACCUGCUGCCUCUGCGGGAGCCUGAGAAGCCAAAAGUGGUGGAAACCACUCAUGUGUACACAGAGGCAGAGACACGGAAGGUGUUUGAGGAGACACAGGUGGACAUCCCUGUGGGCAGCCGGGCAGGCUCCACCAUGUCACUGUGGGAUGUCAUGCACUCAGACCUGCUGCCCGAGGAGCAGCGUAAACAUCUCAUGGAGGAGUUCCAGUCGGGCCGCGUGUCCAAGGAGCGCAUGAUCAUCAUUAUCAUCGAGAUCAUCGAGAAGACUGAGAUCAUCCGUCAGCAGAAUCUCACGUCCUAUGACUACGUCCGGCGCCGCAUCACAGCUGAGGACCUCUACGAGGCCAAGAUCAUCACACAGGACAUCUACAACCUGCUGAAACAGGGCUCCAAAACCUUCCGGGAGCUCCUGGAUGUAGAGACUGUCUGGAAGUACCUUUACGGGUCGGGCUGCGUGGCUGGCAUCUACAUCCCCUCCUCCAAGCAGACUCUCAGUGUCUACCAGGCGCUGAAGAAGGGGCUGAUCAAUUCUGAAGUGGCCCGCUCCCUCCUGGAGGCCCAGGCAGCCACUGGCUUCAUGAUCGACCCCACAAAGAACGAAAUGCUGACUGUUGAUGAGGCAGUCAGGAAGGGCGUGGUGGGGCCAGAGAUCCACGACCGGCUCCUGUCAGCAGAGAGGGCUGUGACCGGCUACAGAGACCCCUACAGUGAACAGAAGAUUUCCCUCUUCCAGGCCAUGAAGAAGGAUCUCAUUCCCAGCGAAGAGGCCCUCAAGCUCCUAGAUGCCCAGAUCGCCACCGGCGGCAUCAUUGACCCACACUUGGGCUUCCACCUGCCCUUGGAGGUGGCUCUCCAGCGGGGCUUCAUCAACAAGGAGACGUACGACAUGCUGUCGGAGCCCAGCGAGGUGCGCAGCUACGUGGACCCCUCCACAGAUGAGAAGCUCAGCUACACGCAGCUGCUGAAGCGGUGCCGCAAGGACGAGAACUCCCGGCUCCUCCUGCUCCCGCUCUGUGACACACGGAAGCUCACCUUCCGGGGCCUGAGGAAGCAGAUCACGGUGGAGGAGCUGGUCCUUUCGAAGGUGAUGGAUGAAGCCACAGCCCAGCGCCUCCAGGAGGGUCUCACCUCUGUCGAGGAGGUCUCUAAGAACUUGAAGAAGUUCCUGGAAGGCACCAGCUGCAUCGCUGGUGUCUUUGUGGACUCCACAAAGGAGCGUCUAUCCAUCUACCAGGCCAUGAAGAAGGGGAUCAUCCGGCCUGGCACUGCCUUCGAGCUCCUGGAGGCACAGGCAGCCACAGGCUACGUGAUUGACCCCAUCAAGGGCCUCAAGCUGACAGUGGAGGAAGCUGUGCGCAUGGGCAUUGUGGGCCCUGAGUUCAAGGACAAGCUGCUCUCUGCCGAGCGGGCCGUCACCGGCUACCGGGACCCCUACACUGGAAAGCUCAUCUCCCUCUUCCAGGCUAUGAAGAAGGGUCUGAUCCUGAAGGACCAUGGGAUCCGCCUGCUGGAGGCACAGAUCGCCACGGGAGGCAUCAUCGACCCUGAGGAGAGCCACCGCCUGCCUGUGGAGGUGGCCUACAAGAGGGGCCUCUUUGACGAGGAGAUGAACGAGAUCCUGCUGGACCCUAGUGAUGACACCAAGGGCUUCUUCGACCCCAACACAGAGGAGAACCUCACCUACCUGCAGCUCAUGGAGCGGUGCAUCACGGACCCAGAGACCGGCCUCUGCCUCCUGCCUCUGAAGGAGAAGAAGCGGGAGAGGAAGACGUCCUCCAAGUCCUCUGUCCGCAAGCGCCGGGUGGUGAUUGUUGACCCAGAGACAGGCAAGGAGAUGUCCGUGUACGAAGCCUAUCGCAAAGGCCUCAUUGACCACCAGACUUACCUGGAGCUGUCAGAGCAGGAGUGCGAGUGGGAGGAGAUCACCACCUCCUCCUCCGAUGGCGUGGUGAAGUCAAUGAUCAUCGACAGGCGCUCGGGGCGCCAGUAUGACAUCGACGAUGCCAUUGGCAAGGGUCUGAUUGACCAGUCCGCCCUGGACCAGUACCGAUCGGGCACCCUCUCCAUCACCGAGUUUGCUGACAUGCUCUCUGGAAACAUGGGCGGCUUCCGGUCGCGGUCGUCCUCAGUUGGAUCCUCCUCCUCCUACACUGCCAGCCCAGCCCUGUCACGGACCCAGAUCUCCAUGUGGACUGACCCAACCGAAGAGACUGGGCCAGUGGCAGGCAUCCUGGACACGGACACUCUGGAGAAGGUGUCCAUCACGGAGGCGAUGCGCCGCAACCUGGUGGACAACAUCACAGGGCAGCGGCUGCUGGAAGCCCAGGCCUGCACCGGGGGCAUCAUCGACCCCAACACCGGUGACAAAUGCACCGUUGCCGAUGCGGUCGCCAAGGGCCUGGUUGACAAGAUCAUGGUGGACCGCAUCAACCUGGCGCAGAAGGCCUUCUAUGGGUUUGAGGACCCGCGGACCAAGACGAAGAUGUCGGCGGCGCAGGCCCUGAAGAAGGGCUGGCUCUACUACGAAGCCGGGCAGCGGUUCCUGGAGGUGCAGUACUUGACAGGGGGCCUGAUUGAGCCCGAUGCCCCAGGCCGUGUCUCCCUGGAUGACGCGCUGCAGAAGGGCACCAUUGAUGCACGGACUGCCCAGAAGCUGCGGGAUGUCAACACCUACUCCAAGUACCUCACCUGCCCCAAGACCAAGCUCAAGAUCUCCUACAAGGACGCCAUGGACCGGAGCAUGAUCGAGGAUGGGACUGGCCUGCGUCUGCUGGAGGCCUCCUCCCAGUCCAGCAAGGGCUACUACAGCCCCUACAACAUCAGCAGCGCCGGCUCCACCUCCGGAUCACGCUCGGGCUCUCGCACCGGCUCCCGCUCAGGCUCCCGGCGUGGCAGUUUUGACGCCACUGGCUCCAGCUUCUCCAUGACCUUCUCUUCCUCCUCCUACUCCUCCUCGAGUUUCGGGCGCAGAUACGCGGGGGGUACCCAGGGCACCGUGGAGGAGGCUGCCCUUGCCCUCGCCCUGGCCGCAUCCAGAAGCUGCGGGUGGGAGGCGAGCAGGGAGUGCCCCGGGGUGUCUGGGCCCCUGCUCCACCCCCUGCACCCCAAAGGAGGAGACUGCCUUGGCCCUGUGGUGCACCCCACUGCAACCAAUGUGCCAGAGGAGGACAUCACCAGCUCCUCGGCACUGGACAGCCAGACACACCACACCAGCCCUGAAGCUGCUGCCUGGACCCCUUCCACGCGCCCUCAGUGCAGCGAGGAGGGGGCUCUGCACCCCAGCCCCCCGAGCUGCCCCAUCUCCCUGCCUCAGCCUCCCGGCACGUCCCCACCACCACGCCGCAGAGCCGGUGCCCUGACCGUAAGUGCCGCGCUGGCGCUGCCCGGUGCUUCCGCGCCCUGCGGGGGGACCUGCCUCCGCUCGCCACUUCGCCCGCCGAGGGGCUUCGCUGCGUGCCCGCCUCCGCCAGCCCACCCGCUCACCCGUCCUCCGGGACGCGCCCGCCGCGGUCGGCCGACGUCUUUUUCCAGUCCCAACAAAGACCUCCCAGUGCCACUGGGCGAGCUCCUGAGCUGGGUCUCCGACAUCAGCAGGUCGUGGACGGGCUCGAGGGGAGCCCCGGAGGCGGCAGCUGCUCGGCUGUGCCCACCUGCACAGUGUGGCUGGAUGUCCAUACCACUUCCCCUCAUCGCCGCCAUGGAGCCCGUCCCCCACCCUGAGGCCGCUUCGUGCCACGGGCUGUAUGGGCUGCUGCAGGUCGUGGUGAAGUGUCGUGGCCGUGGCCACCGGCUCGGCCCUGCUGGCACGGAGCGGCUGCCAGCUCGCUGUGCCCACCGCCCCGGGCGCUGCUGGCUCGGCCCCCGCCGCGCCGGGAACGCUCUGUUCAGCUCCUCCACAAAGCCCGGCCGGCCUCUCCCACGCCCCCCCCGAGCAGGGGCGCUGAACCUCCCCAUGGCCAGGGACCCCCGGACCCCCCCGGCCCUGCCGCUGAGGCUCGGAGCCCGGGUGCACCGUGUUGUGGGGGACACCAGAGAUGGUGUGGAGGGCUCACCGUGGGACAGGGAGGAGCUGGAGAGAGCCUGCCUGCGCUCCGAGCAGAGGCUGGAGGUGCAGGAGCAGCUGCUCGCCCUGCGGCACUGGCUGGACGCCGUGGAGAAGCGGCUGCUGGCGCUGCCAGAGCCUGGCACAGCCCUGCAGCCUGUGCUGCUGUGCCCCUGCCCAGGCGCGGAGCCGCAGCGGCAGCAGCGCAGUGGGGGCUGCCGGCCGCCCCCUCCUCGCCGCCCCUCGCCGGCUCCUUUUGUUGGAGGCCUGGCCGGCACACGGGCUCCCUCGGCACACAUGACGGCACAAACUGAAAGGGCCAUUCAUUGCGGCCCCGGCGCAGACAAAGCCGAGGCCGCACAGAAACCCACCCGGCUCCCGGGAUCUGAGGCUGUGCAUUCCAGCCGCCCGCUCCCGCCCGGUGCCCCGCGCCGGGCUCCGCUGCCCGGGGCGCCCGUGCCACCCCGAGCCCGGUACCUGGGGCUGCGGAGCGUGCCGGGCGAGCUGCCGGCGGCCGCGGGGGACGGGGGUGGCGGGAGGCUCCGACCUGCAUCCUCAGCCCCUGCCCAGCUUCUGCCUGGCAGGUCCCGGCCGGGCUCUGUGGGUGCUGUGGGUGCCCGGAGUACCGUGCGGUCAGACCCCGCUGGGUGCCCAGCCCCUCGGUGCCACCAGCGCAAGGCUCCAGAGCCGUGCGGGGAGGAGGAUGAUGCCGAGCUGCUGCAGGACGCUGCGGAGCCGCCGAGGCCCUGGCAGAUGCUAAUUCCCGGCAGCGUCUCUGGCAGCAGACAAAGCCCCCGGCCCCGCCGCCCGCCGCUCCCAGGAGACCCCAGGGAGCCCCAUCCAUCAGCGUGGCCGACGCGCCUGCAGCGGCCCCCCGGCUCCCGGGGCCCAGCGAGGGGCACCCGUGCUGGUGAGAGCACAGUGCCGGUGCUGGUGCCAGUGCUGGUGUCGGUGCCGGUACAGGUGUUGAGGCAGGUGCAGGGGCAGCAGCAGGUGCAGGUGUUAGUGCCGAUGCCGGUGCUGGUGUCGGAGCAGGUGCCGGUGUCGGUGCCAGUACAGGUGCCGGGGCAGGUGCCGGUGUUGGUACAGGUGCCAGUACAGGUGCCAGGGCAGGUGCCGGUGUUGCGCCGGUGUCGGUGCAGGUUCCCGGGGCAGCGCGGGGUGCGGACUCUCGCCCCCCCGGGCGGCGCGGGGCGGGCGGAGGGCCGGCACCGCCCCUCCCCCGCGGGAUGGCUGCGGGGCCCCGGGGGUUUCCCCGACCAGCCCCGCCGAGCCCGGCGCUGCCGGUGCCAGGGUCUCCGCCCGGUGCCCCCGCGCUCCCCCCGCGCCGCGGGCGCGGCGCACAAAGGCGGCGGGGCCGGGGCGGCGGUAACGGGGACCGAGUCUCCCCCCGCCGCCUCCGCCCCGCUCCCCCGCGCGGGCCGGGCCCCCCCGGAGCGCCCUUUGCUGGGGGACCCUCAAGACCGGAGGGCGAGGUCAGGCAGCGCCGUGGAGCGAGGGGUCGAGUCGAGCGCAGGCCGGGAUUUGAGGCGGGGGCCCGGCGCCCGCGCCAUGGGGAACUCGGUGAGCCGGCCCAGCUGCCUGGGCGAGAAGAGCCGGCGGCCGGAGGAGCUCCUGCGGGAGCCGGGGCUGGACGCGGGGCAGCCACCCGCAGGAGACGUCGCGGAGGCCUGGCCGGGGCUGCUGGAGAAGGCGGCGGUGCCGGUGGAGAAUGGCUGGAGCCCGGGGCCCGGUGUCGCCCGGAGCCGGCCGGGCAGCCCGGUGCUGAGGCGCAGCCAGUCCGAGGUGGCCGUGCAGAACGGGGGUGCGGCUGCAGUGCGGGGGCAGGUGGGGGGCGCGACCUGGACCCCCCCCCGGGCCGGUGCUCCCCGCAGCACCUGGUCCUGGAAGCCCGUCACCACCCGGGAGGUGACCGAGGUGACGGAGGUGACCGAGACCAUCGUGACGGAGAUCGUGGAGGUGACCGAGUACCCGGCGGGUGACAAGGGUGGCGAGCCCGUGGUCACCCGCACGGUCACCGUGCUGACGGAGUGCGUGGGGGAGCUCGCUGCUGCUGCUGGACACACGGAUGCCACCGAGGUGUCCUCACGGGCUGUGCCCGUCCCAGAGGAGGCAGCAGAGCGGGGCCAGGAGACGCUGGAGCGACUGCUGGCCUGGGUGGCAGACAUGGAGGAGCUGGUGAGCAACCAGAAGCCGCCGUCGGCAGAGGCCAAGGUGGUGAAGGCGCAGCUGGAGGAGCAGAAGGUCAGGUGCCAGAAGUCCGCUGGCCCGCCUGCUGAAGGUGCUGGAGGCGAGCCACGUGUGGAGCUUGUCCUGCAGGACAGACUGACGGCACCUGAGGGGAGUGCCAGCCUCUUCAGCCUCGGGGAGAGGUGGGACAAGCUGAUGCAGGAGGCUGAAGCCAGGUACGGCUGCCUGGAGCGGAUCCUGCCGGCAGCCCAGGGCUUCCAGGAGGCCGUGGAUGCCUUCCAGGAGUGGCUGGGUGCCACAGAGAGGCAGCUGGCCCAGCUCUGGCGUGCUGAUGGCUGUGUUGGCCGCGUGCAGGACGCCUACCAGCAGACCCAGGCCCUCUGUGAGGAGAUCCGCGGGCGGCUGGGGGAGCUGGAUGGAGCCCUGGAGAGCGGGCAGCGCGUCCUGGAGCUGGUGACAGGGGAGGAGGCCCAGCUGACGCAGGAGAAGAUGGAGUCACUGAGGAUGCGCUACCUCAUUGUGGGCCAGAGCAGCGCUGACACCGCUCACCGGCUGGGGCAGACCCUGGAGGCCUCGUCUCGCCUGGGCACGGCCCCUGAGGACCUGGCACUGUGGCUGAGCCGCAUGGAGAAGGAGCUGGGCGAGCAGGAGAGCCAGCAGGAUGGCCAGGAGCCCUCGGUCACUGCCAGUGACAGGGAGAAGUUUGAGCAGGUCCUGGAGUCCCAGCUCAGCCGCGUGGCCGGGCUGGGUGAGCGGCUGGAGGAGAUUGGCCGGGUGCAGCUGGAUGCUGAGGCUCUCCGCUCGCAGCUCUCCGAGCAGAAGCUGCUCUCUGCCGAGAUCCUGCACUGCCGGGGCCUGGUUGAGCGUCUGCUGGGCUUCUCGGAGCCGCUGCUGCGCUGCUGCCCUGAGCCCCUGCGGCAGCGCCUUCAGCCAUUGGUGCAGGCGCUGCAGGAGCGCACGGAGCAGCUGUCCCUGCGCAGCGGCGCCUGUGCCGUGCAGCUGGAGCACGCCCAGUCCCUGCUCACCCAGUUCUCUGAGGCCCUCGAGGAGCUGCUGCCCUGGCUGGAGGAGACGCAGGCCCUGGGGGUGCAGCUCUCGCCCAACGCCAUCAGCUACGAGGCCUUCAAGGAGCAGCAGGCGCUGCUGCAGAGCCUGCGGGAGGCCAUCGCCGAGCACCGGCCGCUGGUGGGGAAGCUGCAGCGCGUGUCGGCGCAGCUGCUGGACCUGAGCCCUGAGCAGGCAGCCCCGUUCCAGCGGCGCUGGCAGGAGCUGGAGGAGCAGUAUGGCCACAUCCGCGAGCGCGUGCGCCAGGCAGCGGCUCUGCUGGAGGAUGCCCUGCCGCGAUACAGCCAGCUGUCAGAGCGCAUGGACCUGCUGCUGGAGUGCCUGGAGCGGCUGCAGAGCCGGCUGCAGAGCCAGCCACCCGUCCGUGGUGAUGCGGCCCAUCUGAGGGAGCAGAUCCGGGAGAACAGCCUGGCCCUGGGCGAGCUGGAGAAGCUCGGGGUGGCCCUGGAGGGGAUCCGAGCGCAGGGCGAGGAGCUGCUGGCCACCAUGCAGGCAGUCAGCUCCGACGCCGCGGACAGAGGGAUCCAGGAGCGCACCGAGCAGCUGCUGUCAUUGUGGGGCUGCCUGCACGGCCGCUGCCAGGAGCGGGAGCGGUGGCUUCGGGAGCUGCUGGCACUGGCCGAGCGCUUCUGGCAUGGCCUGUCUGAGCUGGCCGUGGCACUCAGUGACACCCAGCAGCUGGUGCUGGGCCUGGAGGAGGCUGGCAGCGAGCCUGAGGCCAUCCGCACGCGGCUGCGCACCAUGCAGGCUCUGCGGGAGGACAUCGAUGCCCUGCAGGGUGAGCUGGACACGCUGGGCAGCCUGGGCGUGGAGCUGAUGGCAUCCUGUGGGGACCCCGACAAACCUGAUGUCACCAAGAGCCUGGACGAUCUCUACUCCUCCUGGCACAGCCUGAGCCGGGUGUGGACAGAGCGGAACGGACGCCUCGAGGAGCAGCUCCAGGCUGCCCUCAGCUACCAGGACACCAUGCAGCGGCUGCUGGAGUGGCUGGACGCGGCCGAGCUGCGCAUCGCCGAGGAGUUCCUGGUGGGCGGCGACCUGGACAUGGUGCAGCAGCAGCUGGCCGAGCUCAAGGAGUUCAAGCGGGAGCUGUACCAGUGCAAGGUGGACGUGGAGAGCCUGCGGCACCAGGGGGGCACGGGACAGGGGGAGCCCCCGGCCACACUCUGCGACUUCCGCCAGCGCUGGGACCACCUGGAGGAGGAGAUCGUCAGCAGACAGCACCAGCUGGAGGCAGCACUGCUGGGGCUGGGGCAGUUCCACACGCAGCUGGCCGAGCUGCUGCAGUGGCUGAGCCGCACCGGGGAGCAGCUGCGCGGCCCUGCGCCCCUGAGGCCCGACCUGCAGAGCUGCGAGAUCGAGCUGGCCAAGCACAAGGUGCUGCGCACCGACGUGAUGUCCCACGCCCGCACGGUGCAGUCGGUGACCGAGGCCGGGCAGGGGCUGCUGCUCUCCAGCCUGGGCGAGAGCGUGGAGGGGCUGCAGCGCAGCCUGCAGGAACUGGAGCAGCACUGGGAGCUGGUGCGCAGUGAGACCGAGAGCCGGCAGCUGGAGCUGGAGAACAACCUCAGCCAGGUGCAGGACAUCACGCUGGAGAUCACGGAGCUGCUGCAGUGGCUGGAGCAGGUGGAGUUGCAGCUCUUCUGCUCUAAGCCGGCCUGGGGCCACCCAGAUGCCACCAAAGAGAAGCUGAACGCACACCUGGAGCUGUGCCGGGAGCUGGAGGCGCGGGCCGGUUCCUACCGGGGGCUGCGGGAGCGGCUGCAGCGGCUGCUGGACUCGUGCCGCGCCGGCCGGCCCUGCAGCACCGAGCACAGCCUGCGCCUGCUGGAGCAGAAGUGGGACAGCGUCCAGGCCGAGGCCCAGGAGAGGAAGGAGCGCCUGGCCGAGGGGCUGACGGUCAGCACCGAGUUCCACGGCUCGGCGCAGGAGCUGCUGCGCUGGGUGGCCCAUGCCGAGGAGCUGCUGGGGUCCCCCGCGCCCCCCAGCUUCGUUCUGGACACCGUCACCGCGCAGAUCCAGGAGCACAAGGCCCUGGUGAAGGAGGCGAACGCCCACGGGGAGAAGCUGGGCGGCCUGGAGGCCGUGGCCGCGCGCCUCAAGGAUUUCAGUCGGAAGCAGGACGGGGCCGUCAUCCAGAACCUGGUGCUGGCAGCCCGCGAGAGGCUGGGCAAGGUCCUGCAGCGGGCAGCAGAGAGGGGAGCCGUGCUGGAGGAGGCCCGAAAACGCAGCAAGCAGUUCAGCGAGUCCCGGCGGCUGCUCUUGGACUGGAUGGACGAGGUGGAGCAGAGCCUGGAGGAGCCUCAGGACGCGGCCACCAGCCAGGAGGAGAUCAAGUGCCAGCUGGCUGAGCACAAGGCGUUCCAGAAGGUGCUGCGGGCCAAGCGCCCGGUGUACGAGGCCACGCUGCGGAGCGGGCGGGCGCUGCGGGAGGGGGCGCGGCUGCCCCAGGACCUGCAGCCGCUGGAGGAGCUGCUGGGGGAGCUGAAGGAGCGCUGGGACGCGCUGUGCAGCCAUGCAGCCGAGAGGCAGCACAAGCUGGAGGAGAACCUGCUCUUCUCGGGCAAGUUCACGGACGCGCUGCAGGCGCUCAUGGACUGGCUGUACCGCGCCGAGCCGCAGCUCAGCGAGGACGCGCCCGUCGGGGGGGACCGCGACCUGGUCGGGGACCUCAUGGACAAGCACAAGGUGUUCCAGAAGGAGCUGGGCAAGCGCGCCAGCUGCAUCAAGACGCUGAAGCGCUCAGUGCGGGACCUGACGCGGGGCAGCAGCAGCGUGGACUCGCAGUGGCUGCAGCGGCAGGUGGAGGAGCUCAGCACCCGCUGGGACCUGGUCUGCAAACUCUCCCUGGCCAAGCAGGCCCGGCUGGAGGCGGCGCUGCGGCAGGCGGAGGAGUUCCACACCCUGGUGCACUCCUUCCUGGGGCGCCUGACGGAGUCGGAGAAGACGCUCAAGUACGGAGUGUUCCCCGAGGAGGAGGCGGCCGUGCACGAGUGCCAGGCCCAACUGCAGGAGCUGAUGCAGUCCCUGCAGUGCCAGCAGCUGGAGCUGGAGUGCAUCACCUCGCUGGGGGAGGAGAUCCUCAGCACCUGCCACCCCGACUCCGUCAUCACCAUCAAAUCGUGGGUCACGGUCGCCAAGAGCCGCUUCCAGGAGGUGCUGAGCUGGGCGCAGCAGCAGGGCGAGCGGCUGCGGGCGCAGGCGGCGGCGCUGGCGGCCGAGCGGGAGGACACGGAGCAGCUGCUGGAGUGGAUCACGGCGGCCGAGGAGGCGCUGGGGCUGCGCGACCAGGAGCCGCUGCCCGAGGAGGCCGAGCCGCUGGAGGAGCUCAGCGCGCAGCACGCGGUGUUCAUGGAGGAGCUGAACCGCAAGCAGCCUGACGUGGAGAAGGUGACCAAGAGCUGCAAGCGGAAGCUGGCGGUGGAUUUGGGCCCCCCGGCCACCCGCCGGCUGGCCACACGUCGCCGCAGCAGCGGGAAGGCGCAGGGCACGGCGGCGGCGCCGCUCGGGGCGCUGGAGCCCCAGACGCCGCUGAUGGCGCAGCUCCUGCACCGCUGGCAGCAGCUCUGGCUGCUGGCCCUGGACCGGCAGUACCGGCUGGAGACGGCCCUGCAGCGCCUGCGGGAGCUGGAGGAGUUCGCGCACUUUGACUUUGGGGUCUGGAGGAAGCGCUACAUGCAGUGGAUCAGCCAGAUGAAGUCGCGCGUCCUGGACGUGUUCCGCGGCAUCGACAGGGACCAGGACGGGCGCAUCAGCCAGCGCGAGUUCAUCGAGAGCGUCCUGGCCUCCAAGUUCCCCACCAACGUGCUGGAGAUGAACGCCGUGGCCACCAUCUUCGACAUGAACGGCGACGGCUUCAUCGACUACUACGAGUUCGUCAGCGCCCUGCACCCCAACCGGGACCCGCUGCGCCGCUCUGCUGAUGCUGAUCAGAUCCAGGACGAGGUGAACCGGCAGGUGGCCCAGUGCAACUGCGCCAAGCGCUUCCAGGUGGAGCAGAUCAGCGCCAACAGGUACCGGUUCGGGGAGUCCCAGCAGCUGCGGAUGGUGCGGAUCCUGCGCAGCACCCUCAUGGUGCGGGUGGGUGGCGGCUGGAUCGCCCUCGACGAGUUCCUGGUGAAGAACGACCCCUGCAGAGUGAAGGGAAGGACCAACCUGAAGAUCAACGAGAAGUACCUGUCCUCGGACGUGUUCGGAGCCGCCGCCAGGUGCGCCGGGACCCAGUCGGCCGCCUCCUCCAAAGUGCUGUCCCCGAGCCGCUCCAACUCCAGCCUCAGCCUCUACAGCAGCGCCUCGGCCCCCAGCAGCCCCCUGGCCAGGAAGUCGGUGCUGCGGAGGACGCGCUCCGGGGACCGCUGUCCGCGCUCCCGGGGCUCGGGGCUGCCCGACGGAGCCGAGCUGCAGUUCAGCGCGGCUGAGGAGAGCCUGCCUGUGGCACCGCCAGAGCCGCCCGAAGGGUCCCCUCCGGAGCGCUGCAGCCCCUGCCGCUGAGCCCCGCGCCCGCCCUGCGCCCAGCACCCUCGGCCGGCCCCACUCAGGACCCUCCUGCACGGGGCCGCGCCCCCCGCGGGUCUCCGGCCCGGCGCUGCGGCCCCCCGAGCGGGGCUGAGCUGGACGGCCGGCACCGACCGCGCCGCCGGGGCCCGUUCCAGAGGAUAUGCAAGCAUCGCCUCCCGACGCCCAGCGAGCCCCCUGGCUCCGCUCCGAGCGCCCGGGGCUGCGGGACCAGCCGGGCACCCCCCGCCCUCCUCCCGUGCCGCCGGUACCCCCGGCACCGGGCAUUGCUCACGGGGUGCCCACGGUGCCUCCCCCGCCCCGGCGGGAGGCGGCCGGGCUCGGUACCCGGCACCGGGAGCCCCCAUUCUGGUGCUAACCCUCACUCCUCGGCCUUGGGGGUGCUCCGGCCGCCCCCUGCCCCGGGGUCCCGUCCCGUCCCGCCGGCGGCACCGGGGGCAGCGAGACCCCCGCCCCGCCGCCGCAUGCCCGCGCCACCCCCGCUAACCGGAGAGCAGUAGAGCUGAAUGUAACCCCGGCCGGGCGCGCCCGCCGCCACAAUAAACUGUAGUGAGGUUCCUUUUUCUACCGGC